AUGGGUCUCGCGUUUUCCAAGAUCUUUGACAAGCUUUGGGGGAAGAAGGAGAUGAGAAUUCUGAUGGUCGGUCUUGACGCCGCCGGAAAGACUACGAUUCUCUACAAGCUCAAGCUCGGUGAAAUUGUCACGACCAUUCCUACCAUCGGAUUCAACGUCGAGACCGUCGAGUACAAGAACAUCCAGUUCACCGUGUGGGAUGUCGGUGGUCAGGACAAGAUCCGUCCUCUCUGGAGACAUUACUUCCAGAACACCCAGGGUAUCAUCUUCGUCGUCGACAGCAACGAUCGCGACCGUAUCGUUGAGGCCCGUGAGGAGCUCCAGCGCAUGCUCAACGAGGAUGAGCUGCGGGAUGCCAUUCUUCUGGUCUUCGCCAACAAGCAGGAUCUGCCCAACGCCAUGAACGCCGCCGAGAUCACAGACAAGCUUGGCCUCCACAGCCUGAGACAACGCGCUUGGGUAAGACCCCGCUUCAUCCUCGCUUCCAGAUGGCGCGAUCAAACUAACCUUCUCGAUAGUACAUCCAGUCCACCUGCGCCACCUCUGGUGAUGGUCUUUACGAGGGUCUCGAGUGGCUUGCCACUACCCUGCGCAAGGCGGGUCACCAGUAAAAGACGCGAAGAGAAGCCGGACGGACCCCUCUCUUCUGCUACUCUCUCACGUUAUUCCCCUGGUACGGUUGUAAUUCGCAAAGCUACCGGUCACAAGGCAAUCGAAUAG